AUGGAUGCCUUCUCUUGUGGGAUUGAUGUCAGUAAUUUUGAAGUGAUCUCUUGUGGAAAUACUUCGGUGAAGCACCUACUUUAUGCAGAUGACAUUCUGGUGUUUGGAAAGGCCUCUAUUUCUAAUGCUGACAUGCUUAAUGAGGCUCUUUCCAUUUUUGCUGAUCAUUCGGGCUUGAAGAUUGAUAAACUUUGUUCUAAGUUUCUUUUCCAUGGUUCGGUGGCUGCUAAGAAACUACAUCUGGUUUCUUGGAAGAAAACCAGCACCCCUAAGUGUUGUGGUGGCCUUGGCCUACCAUCCAUUAACUCACUGCAGUUUGCUCAUGGGGUCUCUUUUUUAUGGAGAUAUUAUAAUUUUGACACUAUUGUUGGGGAUUGGCUUAGAGCUAAGUAUUCUUCCCCAUAUAAGCCUUUGCUUGUGAGAGCCUCUAAAUUCUGGAAAUUUAUCUCAUCCACUGCCUCCAAGGUCAAAGGAGACUUGGCCUUUCAUGUCUCAUCCAUUAACUGCAAUUUGUCUAUGCUAUGGGACCCUUGGUGUGCUGGUUUUGCUGUUUCUGAACUGUCUCAAGGACACUUGCUGAAUAAUUAUACUGUGAAGGAAUUUAUUUCUGAUGGGAGAUGGUCUUUUUCUAAUUGGUCUGCUUUCCCUCUUUUGAAUCGUAUUACUUAUGUUCCUAUUUUGAAUGGACCGAUCCAUGCUGUUACGUGGAUUGGCUCCUCUAAUCCGGUUUUUAAGACCUUUUACAUGAAAUUUUAUUCUGACUUAGAAACGGUUCAUUGGUACAAAUUUGUGUGGCACAAGAAUACAGCUUUAAGGCAUUCCGCUUAUGUGUGGCUGACCCUUCUUGAUGGUUUAAAAACUGCAGAUAUACUUGCUAAAAGGAAUAUUGUUAUUAAUCCGGUUUGCCCAUUAUGCCGGAAGGAGGCGGAAAGUAUUGUACAUUGUUUUUUUCAAUGUGCCCAUACUUUUGCUGUGAUCUCUUCUCUUAUUCCCCUGUUCCGGAACUUUUUGCUGCCUCCCACCCUUCUCCAGCUUUUUGAUUUCAUUGAUGGGAAUAGGAGGCUUCACAACUUUGAGAAGGAGUUCUGUUACUUUGUUAUUUGUUGCACUGUCUAUUAUCUUUGGAGGGAUAGAAACACUUUGAGAUUUACUGCUUCUAAGAAUACGGUUCAGGAUUCUAUUAGGAGGAUUAUUCAUGCUAUCAAAGUUAAGACCUUCAAUUGGAAGAGAAUUGAGUUGCUUAAAGUGGCCUUUCCCAGCUGUUUUUAG